AUGAUGGGAACAUAUGUUGGCAAUGAAUUACAAGAAGUAUUUGAUUUAUUUGAUAAAGAUCAAUUAGGUGCAAUUGAUAUUGAUGAAUUAUGUGAUUUUUUACCAAUUGGUCGUUCUAAUAUUACUAAGGAAACAUUAUUACAUUUUAUAGGUAGUGGUAAUAUUGACACCAAACAAAAACUUAAGUUUCAUGAACUUGCAUGUAUGAUUUUACGUGGCUUUUCAAAUGUUAUGACAAUCAAAGAAGGAUCACCAAUCACAUUGGAUUAUUGUAUGGAUCGUGUUCGUGUUUUUGUUAAUAAUAAAGGCAUUGUAGCAAGUGUUCCAAAUAUUUUCUAA